AUGAAUGUCAAUUUCGAGACCAAGGAGAUCAGUGUCAAUGGAAGUAGCCACUACAUCCUAUUGCAAACCAACGAUGAAGAACCCAGUGCACUAGUGGCUUUGACUAAUGUACUAUUGUUAUCUCCAAGUUUAUCUAGUUUUGCACGAAAUCUAAUCAAUCUCGUCGGUAGCAAACGUUCUGUUGCGAUGUAUGAACUUGUUGAGACUCUGGCUAACAUCGGUAUUCAAAACCCCAAUGGUAUUAACACCAAUAUAAACCAAUUGUUACAAAUCCUACCUCAGUUACAGAAUGGACUGAUGGUUAACCCUGAAUUUAACGGAUCCUUCGAAGACAGCGUUGAGAUUUCAAUAUUUAGAUUGUACAGUACCGGUAUAGUCCAUGGUUGGAUCUUCGAUAGUGCAAGAGAUCCAGUAGCUUCUGAACAUGUCUCGAAAUAUUCGUAUCAGGAGGCACAAAGAAUUAUAGUCCAAUCCUACGACUUGAUGAAACUAGAACAACAGCAACGAUUGGAUGCGGAACAACGUGAAAUUGUUGAAGAUGCCACAUAUUUGAAAUCAUUUUUGGCUAGGUCUGCAUCUCAGUUCACAGAGUAUGGUCUUGAACAUCUAAAGGAAUUGUUAGUGGAAAGAUCGUUUGCCGUCCUAUACAGAAAUGAGCAUUUCUAUACAUUAUACAAGAACAACGGUGAAUUAUAUACUUUGGUGAGUGAUUAUGCUCAUAAAUUAAACAGUGAUGUGGUGUGGAAGUCGUUGAAGUCAGUAAACGGUAGUCAGGAUACAUAUCAAACAGGUUCAUUUAUUCCAGCCACAGCAAGUAACGUUACUAGUGCACAGAAUUUAACUGCAGAAGUUUCAAACCCAUUCGGUGAUGAUGAUCAUCCAAAUGAUGGCACCGCCUACGAUGGUGGUAUGUCACAUUUACCUCAAUCUAGUGCUCCACCAGCGGGGCAAAUGGAAGAUGAUGAAGAGCUAGCAAGAAUGUUACAAGAGGAAGAAGAUAGAGUUGCUGCGGAUCGUAUGCAAGGAAUUGCUUUGAUGCAGGCAAGCCAUCAACAACAACAAAAGAAGACAGAACAAAAGAAGUCUAAACGUAAGAGCUUCUUCUUAGGUGGGAAGAAGAAUAAAAACAGUAAUGAGAACGUCGAAAAUAGUACUUUGGAAGGAGGGAAUAUCAAUAAUGCUAUUCGUGAGAAUAAGAAACACAAGAAAAAGAAGAGUUGUAUCAUUAUGUAG